CUGUACUCAAGCACGGAUUGUGGGCGUGGCUUCCACACCUGUACUCGCAUAUCCGUAAAACUCCCACUAUGCUCGUCGUGUGAACGUGUCCCAGUGUUAAGCUAUAUGGGUUAUGACAAUGGUCUGCUGACAGCCCCGAGCAAGUAAAACCAUUGCAACAGAAACUCUUCAGCGCUUCCCUUCCAAAUUAAAACAGGUCCACCAUGUCACACCGACAGUCCCAGACACCUACGGGGGACCAGUCUCCUCUCCUUCUGGACAACAUGCUCUCCUCCCAGCUUCACCUGGAUUGCCAGGCUGAUCUUUCGUCCUCAGGCACAAACCUCACUGUACCCGAGCAACCUUCACGGACUCCUGUAAUCCUCAGCACCCAGAGUGAAGCAGCUCGGAAGCUUGGAACCCAGCAGCUCAUCCCCAAAAACCUGGCUGUCACCAGUCGACCAAAGAACCGCUACCACACCACGGUGGUCACGCUGCCUGUAGUCCGUGAGGCCCAAAAGAACUUCCAGCGUUUCUCUCAUUCUCCUGACCUCUCCUGGGAGGACUAUGACAGUGAUGAUGGUGGCUUGAAUAGGAACCGCAGGAACAAGUCAUACCGAGCUGCUGUCACCAGUCUCGAUGCCGAUUUGAUGUGGAAACAGGAUCUAUUGCAGCCUGUUAGUGAGGAGAAGGAGAAAACGCCCAGCCCGAAGCCAGUUUCCAGCCCUGGGCGCAAAAGAACCUUGGGUAGAAAGAGGAACCAGAAGCAUGGCGGAUCCUUUAAGGAUGAUCCACGUUUAUACCAGGAGAUCAAGGAACGAGGUCUCCAGUCUAACAACCUGGGGCCUGAUGAUGAUGACUUCAGCCAGAUGCCAGAGGAGGACCAGGGCAUUGUUGUGAAAAACUACAAGGCAGCAUACAUGACCUGGAGCCAACUUCCUCAGGUGAAGGAGAUGGGCAUUCUAGAGACCAUUUCACCUGAGGAGCGUAAGCGGCAAGAGGGCAUUUUCGAGAUUAUGACAUCCGAGUACUCCUACCUGCACAGCUUGGGCAUCCUGGUGCGUCAUUUCAAAAGCAACGAGGCUUUGAGGAAGACUAUGACCGCAACCGAACACCAUCAUCUCUUCUCCAAUAUCUCUACAGUCCAUGACAUCAGCAAGCGAUUUUUUGAAGAUCUUGAAAGACGUCAUCAAAUAAACCCUGUCGUUCAGGACAUCAGUGACAUAGUCCAGGACCACGCUACGAAUCACUUUGAGCCAUACAUUGUGUAUUGCUCCAAUGAGACCUUCCAGCAGAGGACACUACAGAAACUACUUGCAUCUAAUACUGCAUUUAAGGAGGUACUGAAACAAAUCGAGAGCAGUCCGGAAUGUGGAUCAUUACCCAUGAUCUCCUUCCUCAUUCUGCCCAUGCAGAGAGUCACCCGCCUGCCCCUGUUGAUGGAUACCAUCUGUCAGAAGACCACUAAGCAGACGAAUGAAUACCAUGCAGGUCGCUGGGCGCUGAAGGCCAUCAGUAAGCUGGUAAAGAGCUGUAAUGACGGUGCCCGGAGGAUGGAGCGCACCGAGCAGAUGUACACCAUCCAGAAACAGAUGGAUUUUGGAAAGAUUAAGCCGUUCCCGUUAAUCUCAUCCUCUCGCUGGCUGCUAAAGAGAGGCGAGCUGGCCAUAUUCACGGAGGAGAUCGGGAUCUUCCGGAAGGCCUUCAGCCAUAAGAGCUACUACCUCUUCCUGUUCAACGAUGUUCUCAUUGUUACCAAGAAAAAAAGUGAAGAAAGCUACGUGGUGUUUGACUAUGCCACCCUGGAGAAUGUGGAAGUUGAGGAGGAGGAGGAGCAAGCUGGCAAGCUCUACCUGCGGCUUAAACCCAAUAGUGAGGGGCGCUGUGAGCAGAUGGCUCUGGUGGCUGAAAGCAAGCUAGACAGAGCUCGCUGGGUCACUGCUCUACGCUGGUCUAAACUAGGAGAGAGUUCCCCUAACAAAGAUGCACUUCCUCAAUAUGAAGCCACUAAAGCUUAUAUGCCCAAAGAGCCAGAUGAGCUGAAUCUCCAGCAAGCUGAAAUAGUCAUUGUCUUGCAAGAAGUGGAUGGUUGGUACUAUGGGGAGAGGAUGAGAGAUGGAGAAAGGGGCUGGUUUCUAGCCAGUUGUGCUACACAGAUCACCAACCGCAUUACCAUUGAGAGCAACAUCCAGCGAAUGCAGCGACUGCGCAAGGAGACCAAUGUCUGAACAGAGACUACAGCACAUGACACUCAGACUAAAGCACUGAAUACCUGCUGUCAGUUAAUACACAAAAGAUGGCAGUUUCUUGGAAGAGUAAGCAUCUGUGCCUUUCAGAGUGUGAAUGAACCUUGCCUAAAGGUGGAAUCAAACUCAACGAAGCAGUGAAACUUCACCUUUGAUUUUUAUUUUUGAGCUUGCUUUUUGUUAAAAUUCAUGUUCGGAUACAUAAAAAGUUAUUUAAAAAUGUCAAACUGACCAGAUAUCAAAUUACUUUAUUUUUAAAAACCAUUUGGUGUAAAAACAUAAGACCGAUUUAGAAAAACAUCUGUUGUUUCCCCAAAACUUUUAGCUGACAAAAAUAAUGGAAAAAACAAAAGAGGGCUGCAUAGAUUCUGCAGGCAAUCGGUGGUAAUCUGGUCAAACACAUGUUGCAAGCUUAGACGAUCGUCAGGUCAAAUCUGGUUCUUAUUGCUCAGAUCUUGGAUGUUUCUUCUUGUUGACAAAACUGAAAAGGAAAUGGGAAGGGGAAAAUGUUUUUAAAUUCAACUGGAAUUAAGGUUCACAAGGUUACUUGUACAAUAUUCACAGGUCACAAGUGAAAAGAGAAAAAGCUCCAUGAGCCAGGCAUCCAGUUUGCCUGCUCAAAUCCAUUGCAUUAGCUCAUGCUGUUUGUAUUGUAAAAGCUGGUCCAGUAUGUCAACAGAACCACCCCAAAUGCCACACCAUUUCUCUUUGCACUAGACAUUCACUAAUUAUUUAUAGUCAUGGGUGUCAUGGAUGUGGAAUCCAACAUGGAGUGCUUUAAAAAAAACACCCCUUAUAUAAUGUUCAUUUUUACUUAAUUUAAGCCUUAGAAUUAAAGUUUCAACACUGUUUUCCCCACUGUGAAUGUUGUUUGUCAGAGUCAUGAUUAUUACUUUAUUUUCAGCAAGCCAAUGGUUUUGAAAGUUUCUACUUUGACAGUCCUGUACAUAGUGAUUAUAUAAGAGUGCACAGUCAGUAUUGGCACAAACAUUUUCGUACUACAUUGCCAAUUUAUUUGAAACAUCCUCCCCAAAGUGGUCCAGUAUAGGACAGUAUUUUUUUGGCCAUGUAGAUUUUAGAAUGCAUGUGGUACACAAAUGCCCAAAACGUGUAAACAUCUACCCAUAAACUACUUUGAUCCUAAAUAAUUAGAUGAACACAAAAAGACCCAAAAAACACCCCAGUAAUUUUACAUUAACUAAGUCAACUUUCUAACAAACAAUUGCACUAAAUGUAGACAGUUAUGGUAUGGCCAUAGUGCAUUCUGUAAACCUGUGUAUGAACGUCUACAGUAAGGGUCUAAUUCACAUCCACUGUUAAAGAUUUCUUGUUCUUAGCAGUUAGUUGGCAGUAUGACCAUUAAAUCACAGAAUAACUGCUGUGUGGUGCCUUUUAAAUAGUGAUUAACUAAAAGGGUAAAAACCAACCCGGCAGGAUGGUGCGAGAUGGUGACGCCGGCGGCGGUUGGUCUACUCAUUCCCGCCCUGUUCAGCCUCGGGAGCGGCUGAUUUGUCGCUUGAUGUAUCGGCUGCCUUGCCGUCUUUGCCGUCCUGGGGCUUGGUGG